CAUCAUCUCAUAAUAGAAGAAGAAACCGAGUCCUUUUACUUUGAAAAUGAGACCCGCUCUUGCUCUGCUUCCUUUCCUCUUCCUUUUCAUGUUUGCUGUUACUAUAGAAUCAAGAAAAGAUCUAAAGGAAUAUUGGAAAACUGUUAUGAAAGAUGAAGCGAUGCCGGAAGGAAUUCAAGGGCUUCUUCAAUUCAAAUCUGUGAUCGAGCCUUUGAAGAACUCCAAGGCGCAAGAACAACUUGCCAAAGGUAAAUGUGAUCAGCUAGAUGUCAAAGAAAAAAAGUUGGUCAAGGAAGAGUUUGAACCUAGACCUAGUGUUACAAAGUAUGACGGUGGUGAGGGUAAUAAGAAUAUGAAAUUACUUGUAAAUGAUGAGUUUGAACCCAGACCAAGUGUUACAAAGUAUGAUGGUGAUGAGAGUUAUAAGAAUAUGAAAUUGUCAAUAAAUGAUGAGUUUGAACCCAGACCAAGUGCUACAAAGUAUGAUGGUAAUGAGGGUUAUAAGAAUAUCAAACUACCAGUAAAUGAUGAGUUUGAACCUAGACCUAGUGUUACAAAGUAUGACGGUGGUGAGGGUAAUAAGAAUAUGAAAUUACUUGUAAAUGAUGAGUUUGAACCCAGACCAAGUGUUACAAAGUAUGAUGGUGAUGAGAGUUAUAAGAAUAUGAAAUUGUCAAUAAAUGAUGAGUUUGAACCCAGACCAAGUGCUACAGAAUAUGAUGGUAAUGAGGGUUAUAAGAAUAUCAAACUACCAGUAAAUGAUGAGUUUGAACCCAGACCAAGUGCUACAAAGUAUGAUGGUGAUGAUGGUUAUAAGAAUAUGAAACUACCCAUAAAUGAUGAGUUUGAACCCAGACCAAGUGCUACAAAGUAUGAUGGUGAUGAUGGUUAUAAGAAUAUGAAACUAUCCGUAAAUGAUGAGUUUGAACCCAUACCAAGUGUUACUAAGUAUGACGGUGAUGAAGGUUAUAAGAAUCUGAAAUUGACCAUAAAUGAUGAGUUUGAACCCAGACCAAGUGCUACAAAGUAUGAUGGUGAUGAUGGUUAUCAGAAUAUGAAACUACCGAUAAAUGAUGAGUUUGAACCCAGACCAAGUGCUACAAAGUAUGAUGGUGAUGAUGGUUAUCAGAAUAUGAAACUACCCAUAAAUUAUGAGUUUGAACCCAGACCAAGUGCUACAAAAUAUGAUGGUGAUGAUGGUUAUAAGAAUAUGAAAUUACCCUUGAAUGAUGAGUUUGAACCUAGGCCAAGUGCUACCAAAUAUAAUGAUUGAAUAGAAACAUGAAUGUGGCAUCUAUUAAAAUAAAAUUGUGUGCUAUAAGUUUAUUCAAAUGGUAAUUAUGUUGUCAUGUAUUAUGGUGUUUGAAUAAAAUAUGUAAAAAAAGUUUUUUUAGAAUCAUCC